AUGAACACCGCCUUGUCCACCGUUCUGUUCGCACUUGUGUGCUGCACUGCUCUUGCCUGGUACCCCACCUACAACUACGGACAUGGUGCUGGUUACCAUGGAGUCGCUGGUCUCCACGGAAUCGGCGGUCUCCAUGGAGCCGCUGGUCUCCACGGACUCGCUGGCUAUGGUGGCCCCGUUUACGGACAUGCCGGUUAUGGUUACGGAUACCCAGGUUAUGGUUCCGGAUACGGACACGGAUAUGGUAACGGACACGGAAAUGGACUCGGAGCUGCACUUGGUUUCGCUGGACACGGACACGGACUUGGACUAGGCGUCCGUGGACUUGGUCUCGCUGGACACGGACACGGGCUCGGAGCUGGACUUGGUUUCGCUGGACACGGACACGGACUUGGAGCUGGACUUGGUCUCGCUGGACACGGACACGGAGCUGGACUUGAUUUCGCUGGACACGGACUUGGACUAGGCGUCCGUGGACUUGGUCUCGCUGGACACGGACACGGGCUCGGAGCUGGACUUGGUUUCGCUGGACACGGACACGGACUUGGAGCUGGACUUGGUCUCGCUGGACACGGACACGGAGCUGGACUUGAUUUCGCUGGACACGGACUUGGACUAGGCGUCCGUGGACUUGGUCUCGCUGGACACGGGCUCGGAGCUGGACUUGGUUUCGCUGGACACGGACACGGACUUGGACUAGGCGUUCGUGGACUUGGUUUCGCUGGAUACGGACACGGGCUCGGAGCUGGACUUGGUUUCGCUGGACACGGACACGGACUCGGAUUCGGAGCACGUGGACUUGGACUAGGCAUCCGUGGACUUGGAUUUGGAGGACGUGGAUUUGGAUUCGGCGGACGAGGACUUGGAUACGGACACGCUCUGUACCACUGA